UCUAGACCAACGCUUUAAAGAAAUGUUUGGUUUUGUAAUCUGCACCAUUAAUAUAUUAAUAGCCGCUAGGGGGUGCACUUUGCACGGACUGCAUAAUGAAUAGGACGCUUUAUUCUCUGAUACAGGGCGGUGUUUGUAGUUGAAAAUCGGGUGUUAACUAGCUGCAGUAGCCUAAUCAAAGGGAAUGAAUAACUAUAUGGCCUCUGCAUAGGAAUGGAUAACAAGGCGUCUUUUUCUCUAGAUAUAAUGGACUCCAACAGCGAGGAUGGAGAGUACCAAAAUCUUGAACAUGACUUACAACAGGAUGCAGCCCAGUACAGAGUGACCUAUACUCGGGGGAGAGACACAAAAGAUAUGGGUAACGAUAAAAAUGAGGAGUUCAACAUAAAGAGGUAUCCAGUAAGUCGCUCUGGCAACAACCCAGGUAGAGUGAAGCGGGUAGUGUCCUGUAAGAGGAAGACCCAUCAUCUGACAGUGACUCGGAGGAAGCAGCCCGGGGUUGGGAAAAUUUAUGAUGCUGCUAACAAGGAGAAUGAGAUUAAGCGCAUGCAGGACAUGCAACAGGAGAUAUUUGACAUGGACCCUUGGGAGUUCCCACUAAAAGUCAAUAAUAACCCCAAGACUGGGAGAACUGGUUCUGAACAAACCGACUACUGUUCACUCACUGAGCUUACCAUGGAUCACAGCACAUUGACUGAUGUGCUCUUUGGAAGAAAUCUGAGACUGAAAGUAUCCCUAACAUUGUGGCAGAGAAAUGUUGGAGAGCUGUUGACGUACUUUCUGAGAAUUCAAGACGUCGGUGUGUUUGUUGAUUUUCUCCCGCUGAUUAGCAAAAGCAUUGAUGAGGACUCUCCCAGGGUCACCAUUGGCUGUUGUGUUGACCUCUUUCCUUUAGUUAAGAAGGUCCUCACCCAUCCAUAUGAAGAGUAUCUUAUAGUUGGCUUAAAGUGGAUAAAUUCAGUUUUGAAAAACUGGUGGGCGGACCUAAAAACAAGUGGCUAUAGUGGAUCAACUGAACUUCUGAUGGAUAAAAAUUUCCAGGCCUUUAAUCAGCAGUUGACGGAGUUAUGGCAUCAGGAAUCUUUACUAAAAUCUGUUCCCGGACCUGCUGCGGACAUGGCAAAGGUCAUUGACUCCUUCCUGUCUCAACUUACCUGACAGCAACAAAGAGCCGGAUAAAGGAUCUUUCUCUGGUGGCAGCUUCCCAAAAGUGUAUUGAAUCCUUAGUAAAAUCCUUUGAUUGGAGCUGAAGUUGUUUCCACAGAGGAGUUGGUUUUAGCUUGUACUGUACUUGUCCUUAGGCGAUAUCUGUAGAUCAUGAUGUAUUUUUGGGCUGGCCGAUGAACCUGAAGAGUUGAAAUACUGAGAAUGUGCAAUAUAAAUGUAAUCAUGUGGCAAAUUUGACUUGAUGUCAUUGUUCAUUGAACUAUACUAGGAUGUUGUAAUAAUGACCAACAAGAGGAGUUUUAUCAUUGUGCAGUUUCAGUUAUAUCACAGAAACUUAGAGGCUUUCAUGUGUCGCUUUUAUCUUUGAUUGCACCAAUGA